AUGGCCACAAAUAUAGUUUUGGUGGUUGCUUUGAUCUGCGCUGUGUUUGCAUUUGUAGGAGCACAACAACCUCCAAGUCCAACCACCUCUCCAGCACCACCUACACCUAUUACUCCUCCUGCUAAUACUCCACCAACCACUCCUCAAGCUUCUCCUCCACCUGUUCAGUCUUCUCCUCCUCCUGUUCAGUCUUCUUCUCCUCCACCUGUUCAGUCUUCUCCACCUCCAGUUCCAUCUUCUCCUCCACCAGCUCAAUCUCCUCCACCGGUUCAAUCUUCUCCUCCACCUGUAUCCACUCCACCACCUGUUCCUGCUUCCCCUCCUCCAGCUCCAGUUACCCCUCCACCUGCUUCACCACCACCUGCCUCUCCUCCUCCAUUCUCUCCUCCACCUGCCACUCCACCUCCCGCAACUCCUCCUCCAGCACUCACACCCACUCCCCUCUCAUCUCCUCCAGCAACUACUCCAGCUCCAGCUCCUGCCAAGCUUAAGAGUAAAGCUCCCACAGUGGCACCCGUAUCCACACCAUCAGAAGCUCCCGCUCCGGGGCCCGGUCUCUCUUCUCUCUCUCCGGCUGUCACUCCCGCCGGUAACGAUGAUAGUGGGGCAGAGAAUUUGUUGUCACAGAAGAUGGUUGGUUUAGUAUUUGGAUGCGCAUUCCUAUCCUUGAUGUUCUAG